AUGAAAGAAAUCGUCUCAAAGGAGGGGAGGGAACAUGAGACGGCAUCGGACAUCGUAGCUUUCCCUAAAUUAACAAAGUUGACAUUCGAAGAUCUAUCUGAUGAAUUUGUUGGUUUCUACGAAGCCAACAAUGAGGUAACGGAUGGGUCUAAGGAUCAAAAUGUGGUAGGAACUUCAUAUGAUGAGCAUCAACCUUCUAGAAGCUUUGAAAGAGCAGUAUUUCCAUCAAAGUGCAUUUUAUGGUUACAAAAUCUAGAAGAAGUGAAACUACGAGAGGCCAAUGUAGAUGUGUUCUUUGAUCUGAAAGGCCAUAUGGUUAGGGAUGGGCAGGCAGUUCCAGCAUUUUCUCAUUUACAAAAUUUAGCACUGUCAGAGUAUCUCAUCGUCUUCCUCUUGUCUUCGUCGUCGCCUCUGAACUUAAACACCAAAAUCCGAGAGAAAGCUUUCAUUGCACGCAAAAGGUUUGUUUAUUCUGUAACCAUGGUUUCUCAAGACCAAAGUAAGUACUCUGGCUCCAAAAAAAAUGGAGGUAAGGAGCUUGGAAUGGUAACUCCUCAAGACAAGCCCUUGAAGAAGAUGAAGUUUGUUUCAUCUGCUGAGAAAGAACCAAGCAGCACGACAACAAUUUCUGAGGAUUCAAAGUCAGGUCGAGGUAUGAGCACAAUGCCUCGUGUUGUGAAGAGAAAAUUGCAGAAAAUCAAGCCAGUUGUUGAGUACAAUAAAAGGGGGAAAGGAUGUGGCCCUGCACAUACUGAGAUGCAGUCCUACAUUGGUGUGUUGGCACGCUCCAGAGUCCCACUUGUGGACAAGAAAUGGGCUGACAUCCCCAAUGAUAUAAAGGAGCAGAUUUGGGAAGCCGUUGACAUGGCUUUUGUGGUAGGUCAAGGGGGCAAGACCUCGGUGUUAUCUUCUGCUGCCAAGAAAUGGAAGGAUUUCAAGUCUACACUGACGAGGCAUUAUAUCCUUCCAUACAUCAAGGAGAGGGAGAAAUUAAGCCAACCCCCUGAAGUAUAUAAAUUCAUAGAGAAAGCAGAAUGGGAUGCCUUUGUAGCUUCAAGGUUAUCCAAAGACUUUGAGUCUGUGCAUUCUCAACAUGCACAGAUUAGGGAGAAACUUGAGUACAAUCAUCGAUUGUCUCGAAAAGGAUAUGCUGGUUUGGAGGAUCAAUUGGAGGAAACCAUGCCUGGGGUAGAAAUUGAUCGAUCUACCUUAUGGAAGAAAGCUAGACAGGACAAACAUGGUAACAUCCCGGAUCCAAAGGUGGCAGAGAAAGCAAAAUUAAUUGAUGAAUUGCAAAAACAAGUGGCUGAAGGCAGUCUGAGUUUAACUGGCAGUAAUGAUGUGUUGACCUUGGCUUUGGGUCCCGAGCAUCCAGGGAGAGUAAGAGGGGUAGGUGCUGGGAUUUCCCCUAGGCAAUUCUUCAAUUUACCUAGACCACAAAGGGUAAAGUUUGCUGAUCAAUUGAAGGAAAGUGUAAGAAUUGUCCUUCAAGAAGAGACUAAGAAGAUGGAAGCUAGAACCAAACAAUUAGUAGAGGCUGAGAGGGAACAUUUACUAACAAAGUCCCAAAAUCCAAUGUCUGAUAAAGCAAGCUGUUCUGGGGCUGAAGUGAGAUCCCUACAUUUAGAGGAUGAUACUGCCAGAAAUGGGGAACAGCAGGAACAAACGGGUAAUGAAGUAGUUGAUUAUUCAAAUGUGGAGGUGCCAUCUUCCUUACAAUCCCUUUGUGGUUAUGUGGAAACUACACUAAAGCCACAGGGGAAGAUCAUGACCUUCAACAUUGAGAAGGAGGUGUUUGGUGCAGAUCGAAGUACCUUCGUCUUGCAUGAAGAUAUUACACAGUUUGCAGGCAUGGAAGAAAUUGGGGCUACUGUGGUUGCAGUAUAUAUGAGGUGCUUAUAUGAUCUUUUGAGAGAAGCAAAUAUGUGCAGCAUGGUUGGCUUUAUCGACCCUGCUCAAGUUAGUGCCAACGCUGGGUCACUAACUGACAGAUCACGAAUUGUAGCCAGUCGACUUCAGAAAACAGAUGGUGAACAGAUUUUCAUGAUGCCUUACAAUCCAGGCCGUCAUUGGGUCUUGCUGAUUGUGAGGGCAAAGAGGGAAACCGUCUAUUUUCUGGAUCCUCUGCCUGGAAAUCGUGUGGUUGAUGAGGAGGGCAAAAACAUCGUGAACAGUGCUUUAAAAAUUUAUAAUUCCCACAUAGGCAGACCAGGCCGUAAAGCACCAAUUUGGAAAACUCUGCCAGGCACACCAAAGCAACCCAGCAGUGUCGAAUGCGGGUAUUAUGUCAUGCGCUUCAUGAGGGACAUCAUCAUGGAUCCUUCCUUGGAGUUUGAGAAGAAGUUUGCCAAGGGAAAAGAUCAAGCGCCAUACCCCCAAGCAGCCAUUGAUGAAGUCAGGAAAGAAUGGGCAGAGUUUGUUUGCCUUCAUAUGGAUUAG